AUGUCCGCCCCAACGACAACGACCGCUGGGGCCUCUGAACUCCCCACUACAUACUCAGCACUGGUCCUCACCUCCACCUCCACGCCCCUCACAGUCGAAACUCGCCCUCUCCCCACCGCCACUCCAGGCAGCGCCAUCGUCCGCAUCCUCUUCUCCCCCCUAAUCUCAUACAUGGGCGAGGUCUACUCCGGUAAACGCUCCUACCCCUUCCCUACUCCCUUCGUCCCCGGAACAAGCGCAAUAGGCCGUGUCGCUGCCGUCGGCCCUGACGCGACGCACUUCGAACCGGGCAAACUGGUGUAUGUGGAUUGUUGCAUACGGGGGAGGGACGACACGAGCGCGAGAAUGUUGAUGGGCUUGAGUGAGGGUUUCGGGGAGGGGACUAAGAGGUUGAUGAGGGGGGAAUGGAGGGAUGGGACACUAGCGGAGUAUGUGAAGGCGCCGUUGGAAAAUUGUUUCGUGUUGGAUGAGGCGAGAUUGACACGCGGUUUGGGGGAAGGAGGGAUGGGGUAUGAUCUGGAGAGGAUAACUUAUAUUUCGACGUUGUUGGUGCCAUAUGGAGGGUUGAGGGAUGUUGGACUACAGGCGGGGGAGACGGUCAUCGUGGCGCCAGCGACGGGAGCCUAUGGAGGUGCGGCGGUACAGGUGGCACUGGCGAUGGGUGCGGGAAAGGUGAUUGCGAUGGGUAGGAACCAGGAAAAGUUGCGGAAGAUCAAGAGCAUCAGCGAACGAGUCGAGAUCGUCGCGAUCAUAGGUGACAUGGAGAAGGAGACCGAAGCACUCAAACAGUUUGGACCCGUCGACGUGUUCUUCGAUAUUUCGCCGCCGGAGGCAAAGCUGUCGACACAUGUCAAUAGUGGGAUCCAUUCGCUGAGGCAUGGAGGAAGGGCGAGCUUGAUGGGAGGAAUCGGGAGAGAGGUGCCGUUGCCGUUCUUCUGGAUCGUGUUUCAAGAUUUGCAGUUGAAGGGGAAGUGGAUGUAUGAGAGAAAGGAUAUCGAAGGGUUCAUUCAGUUGGUGAACUCGGGGAUGAUGAAGCUUGAUAGAGUGGAGAUUGUGGGCAAGUUUGGGCUGGAAGAAUGGGAGCAGGCAUUUGAGGUGGCGAAGGAGAACGCGGAUAUGGGGCAGGUGGUGCUCAUGGCGCCGUGA